AUUAACAUAUGAUUAUCUAAGAGUAUAAUAGAUAAACAUAAAGAAAGAACAUCGUCAAUUGCUUAAUAAUGGAAGACACAAUAAGUGUAUCACAUAGCAAGCUGGUAGGACCAAAUAAGAACGACCUGCCAUCAGUACCAGCUUUUGUAACAGAAGAAAGCUAUCUGCAUGCAGCUAGUUUCGUGCCAACUUCCACCGAUAUCUUCGUUUGCUCUUCGCCAAAAUGCGGCACGACCUGGGCGUCACAAAUUGUUCAUCAGUUGAGAAGCGGAGGAGACAUGACUUUUAAUGAUAUAGACGACGUUGUAAUAUGGAUUGAUGCAGCUUAUAACUUUGGAAAUUCCAUUGACUCGCAACAGAUAUAUCAGCCUAGGGUUUUCAGAAGUCAUAUGCCAUACAACAUAAUUCCUAAAGGUGCAAAGUAUGUCGUCGUUUUUCGAGAGCCUUGUGCAGCGAUCUAUAGCGCCUAUCGCUUCUUAGAGGGCGUUUUCUAUACUCCUGGAGAAAUGACAAUCGAGACGUUUAUAUCAAAUAUUUAUGUGAAGAAUCUCAAAGUAGUAUUUGAUUAUUUCGAGCAUUUAUGCAGUUGGUGGCCAAAGCGAAAUGAUUCAAAUGUUUUGAUUCUCACUUACGAAGGCAUGUUGAAUGAUUUGGAAAGUGCUGUUCGCUCAGUUGCAACUUUCAUAGGUAUAACGGAUGAAGGGUCUAUUGCUAAUACUGUCAAGAUGAGUUCCUUUGAUUUUAUGAAAGCAAAUGAAGAAAAGUUCUACACAAACGUCUUUGUGAAAGGUCUUAAAAAGCUGGGAUACAAGGGGACGGUCAUGAUGAAACGUGUUGUUACUGGAUCAGCUACAAAAGGACGAGAAAUGAUGAGCGAGCAGGCGAAAAAAGCCAUUCAAAACAUGUGGAAUGAAACUGUAACAUCAACAAUCGGUUUUAAAAACUAUGAAGAAUUUCGAAAUGCUUUAUACAAUGAAAGCAGUAAAAAAUCUUCUUGAUCUAUUUUCAUUUUCUCGUUUCAUUUUGUCGUAGCAAGUCUAAUGUUUACACGUGCACUUCCAAAAAAAGACGAUUCAGUAAAUGUCCGAAAUUAACUUUAGCAGAUUCAUUAACUCUUUAAUUAUUAGUAGAGUAAUAUUUAAAUGUUACAUGAUAUCAUUAAUGUGAUUAGUAUUUAUUAUUAGUAUUUAUGCGUAUGGAAUUUCAAUCAAGGGAUUUUAAAUCAUGAUUGUUGCAAAUGUAAAUGUUACGUUCUGAUAAUCAAUAAAAUGUGGUCAGUCAAUUAA